AUGCCUUCUGACCAAACAAACAAAGUUAAACCUGAUCCCGGCUAUAAAUUUCGUCGUCAAUUUACUACUCUCGUUGAAGAUUGGCAAAAGCAUGACAGCGACAGUCAAGAAGAUAAACAGUUCCGAGAAGAAACAAUUUUGCCAAAAAUCAAAGAACUUGUGAUUCAUAAUUUAAACAAUAAUGGAGAAAACGAGGCUUGCGAUUUACUCAUGGAAAUUGAAAGAAUUGAUCUUCUUAGUGAAAUGGCAGAAGAAUCGGAAUUUUUUGAUUGUGACCGGAUUUGCAAUUAUAUCUUGAGUGCGUCUUAUUACAUUCCUGAUCCAGAGAACAUUACAAUGAUUGAUAUGGCACGGGAUUUGUAUAUGCACUUUGGAAAGAAUAUUGAAGCUUUACGAUGUGCAAUGAGAACCAACAAUAUUAGACAAAUUUCAUCAAUUGUCAAAGCUACGGAAGAAGGACCUUUAAAAAUUCAAAUGGCUUUGAUGCUUGGACGACAACAAAUCUUUCUUACUUUCCGCAACAAGUUAUACACAAAAAUCAACGGAAACUGUUAUCUGCAUCAACUCUUCUUCAAUUUUGUGAAAGAAAAUGGGUAUGGAGCAAUUAAAUCUGUUGAAGAUGUCUACAAAACUUCUUUGGAACCGGAUUAUCCUCUUUCAACAAAAGACUUCAACCACUUGCAAUUAAAACAACAAACGUUGUCAGCCAGCUUUGUUAAUGGUUUUGUUCAUGUGGGAUUUGGGGCUGAUGCGUUUUUCAAAGAUGAGAAGAGCACUAGUGAUUGGUUAGCAAAACACAAAGAAUGGGACGCUUUUUCUGCCGCUGCAACGUUUGGUUUGAUUCAUCAUUGGAACGUGGAUUCACUCAACAACUUUGAAAUUCUUACACAAUCAAAGGAUAUUUAUGUUAAGGGAGGUGCACUUUUGGCGGUUGGUGUUGUUUUUGCUGGAGUUCAACAUCCGGACAACCAGCCCUUGAAGCACCUACAACCCUUUCUGUCAAGUGAACACUUACCUUUACGCGUUGCGUCAAUAUUUGGUCUAGGAUUAGCCUAUGGUGGGAGCAGACGUCAAUCAACAAUCUACACCAAAAAAAAAAGCGUUCUGGAAUUGCUAAAAAAGUCAUUUUCUGAUGAAUCAAUUCAUCAAACUGAAGUUAAAGGCUUGGCAGCAUUGUCUCUCGGUUUCAUUCUUAUUGGAUUAGGAAAGGGGAAUGGUGGUGUCGUCGACCUUUUUAUGGACUAUUUUGUGAGCGGUGUCGACUUGAGUGACAAAAAUUUACGCCUAGUUGCUCUUGGAAUUGGGCUUAUAUUUUUGGGAAGACAAAAUGAAUGCGAUGAGACAAUACUUGAACCGCUUCGUGCUCUUUCUGACCCAUUUGGAAAAAUUGCUUCAACAUUGGUAGAUGUUUGUGCUUAUGCUGGAACUGGAAAUGUAUUGAAAGUACAAGAGAUGUUGCAUAUUUGUUCUGAUCCAAAUUUGAAUGAGACUUUUGUUGCUGCAGUUGCUGUUAUUGGGAUUUCUCUUAUUGCAAUGGGUGAAGAUAUUGGUUCACAGAUGUGCCUUCGACAUUUUACUCACUUGCGUAAUUAUGGAUCUUCAAUAAUUAAACGUGCACUCCCUUUUGCUCUUGCUCUUUUGAGUCCAUCAAAUCCCGUUGGUGUUAUUGUUCCAACACUUGGCAUUCUUGGCAGCGAUAACGACAUGGAAACAGCAAUAAACGCAAUCUUUGCCUUAGGAUUGGUUGGAGCAGGAACAAACAACUCACACAUAAUGGACAGAUUGAGAAGAUUAGCUAGUCGGCAUGCAUCGAAUAAGUACACUAUGUUCAUUUUGCGUAUUGCUCAAGGAUUAAUUCAUUUGGGGAAAGGAACAAUGACUUUGAAUCCAUUCCAUUCUGAUGGCCAAAUACUUUGUCUCCCUUCUCUUGGAGCGUUGCUUUGCACUUGUUUGGCUUUUAUUGAUUCAAAACAAACCGUACUUGGUGAUCGACAACACUAUUUACUCUUCUCAUUAGUUGCAGCAAUCCAUCCAAAAAUGUUAAUAACUGCUAUUAUUGAAAAAAGUUCGGAUAUUCCUGUCACAAAAAAUCUCUUCAUUGACGUUGGCGAUCCUGUCGAUGUUGCUGGUCUUCCAGGGGAGCAGAGGCCGAUCAAACAUUUUGCCAAAGUUUUAACCCCAAUUUUACUAGGACAUGGGGAGAGGGCUCAAUUAGAAGAUGAAGUAGCGGAGGAAUAUGAGACGUACACACCAGUUUUAGAAGGCAUUGUUAUUUGUAAGCGUAAACAAGCAGAUAUAUAAAGAUUAGUUUUAUUUUAAUUUUUUUUGUUAAAAUUUUUGUCUCCAACCGACUUUUUGGGUUUCGGAUUGGGUUUUCAAAAUUUUCUUCGGAUCGGGUUUCGGGUCGAAAAAAGACUGGAUUUCGGGUAACUCGUCCCAUUUUUCUGGCUAAUUUUUCGAGUUGACAUC